AUGGAGUGGAAAGUUACCAACGAGCCCUCGGACUCCGAUCUGGAGCGAGAGGAACACGUAUAUCAACAGUUGUUGAUAGACCAUCCCGGCCUCUCGCGAGAGGCGUGGGACAAUGUGAUGAAGUCGGCUAGCAAGGUAGCGUUGCAGGGCCUUUUCGAGAAACGAAAGGAGCCUCCAUGCGUUAGCAGGUCCUACGUACGCUACGUGACCUGUCUGAUCGCAUUCAGAAAAGGCACAAAGAAGCAGGAAUGGGAAUUCUACGAGGAAGAGCCCGAGACCCAUGCCGAGCCUUUCAGCUUAGCAUAUAUGGAGUAUUGGUACGAACGAACCUACGGGCACGACUCUGCCAAGAACUCUAAUGGGGUCGAGGGGAAAGAUAUCGAGAAAGGUGGGGAAGGCGUCAAACCUACGGACAUCGCUCCCCUGAUACCUCUUUGGCGGCAUAUCGCGGACGGAGUAAAGGUCGAGGAAGGUGAAGAGCCUUUCCAAAUCACAAUCCCCGCCUCCCGAGAUAUCACCAAGGUCCUUGCCGGCCCCGAUCAGCUGGAGCGUCUCCUGGCCGAGUUAUCCGACGAGUUGUGCGGCCGUGACGGCGUGGUGUUUUGUAAGGCCGGAGAUAUUCUCCGCCCUACGACCCUCUUCAUGCGCCUACGCGCAGGCAUCGACGCUACUUCUCCAGGCGUACAGGGGCGUUUUGUCCGAGCUUGGAGUACGCUCUGCAUGGCCGCCGUGAAGGCUGUCGAGGAGGAUGUUAGUAUCCUAAAUUUAGUAAGAGAGAUCAACAAGUCAAUUAUGCUAGUCCCCACGCAGGUUUAUCCCUCUUACAAGAUGUAUCAGAACUCUUUAGCCGGAGUGAACAAGGCAGAGGAGGAGAGCCGCCUACAGAUCCUCCAGGCUAGCCAGGAGUCUGAGCGAAUGGCUCGCCUCUGCGCCGCUCAUCACCGAGAGAUGGCCCGCUUGGCCGACGAGGUUUCGACAAAGCUUCUCGGGGGGGGCAUCUCUAUGGAAGAGAAGGCUAGGAAAUUGACCAACUUCGUGGAGAAGGGAGACCCCGCGAUCCCAAUCGGCCGACGAUCCGCCCGUGCGCGCGUGGCUGAUAUCGCUUACAAGAAUGAAGAGCGCCGCGGCUCCAUCUUGAUUUAA